AUGCCAUGUAUCAUUGCCAUCCAUGGCCUUAAUCCCAAGAACAAAGAGCGCCAUGCCGAGCGGACAUGGGAGCUGAAUGGGAAGAUGUGGCUGAGGGACUUUCUUCCCAAUCAGCUACCUCAAGCCAGGGUGAUGCUCUUUGGAUAUAACUCCAAUGUCAGCAUCCAAUCUUCCGCCGCUGGCGUACGGGAGCAAGCACAGAACUUGCUCAGUAGGCUAUGGCUUGAAAGACAAGGCUGCGAGUCUCGACCUAUUAUCUUUAUCGCUCAUAGCCUUGGUGGUAUAGUGGUCAAGGAGGCACUUGUACAAGCCAAGCUUGGACACACCUUCGAAUCCAUUCGAACCGCAACCUAUGGCAUAGCGUUCUUUGGCACCCCUCACCGAGGCAGCCAUUUGGCGAAGAUGGGAGAGACCCUGGCAAAGGCCGUCAGGGCUUUCCUCAGAACCCCAAGCAACACUUUUAUCAAUUCCUUGAAAGAGAACGAUUUGUAUGCCAAUGAACUUUCAGCAAAUUUUGGGCAACUGUUGGAAGACUACAAGUAUAUAAACUUCUACGAGACUCUGCCUCUGAGAAGUCUUGGAAUCAUUGUAGAGAAAAAGUCAGCAACACUCGGCCUCCCUGAUUCUCGCGAGCUCACGGUAGCUUUACUUGGGGACCACGAAAGUAUCUGCCGAUACAUCAGUGAAGACGACGACAACUACAAGCACGUUUCCGGUCUCAUUACCAGGUUUGCUGCUAUAGCGAUGAAGGAGUGCGAAGAGGCGUCUCUCUUUGGAGAUUCCAGCGCAGAAUCGACCCUCGCCGGGCUGACUCUGGUCGAGCACGUCGAAUCAAAGAUAUAUAUGAUUCCAUUUGGGCGGAACACAAAGUUCGUCGGCCGAGAGGUUGUAUUCGAUCAACUCAAGAGUCUGGUCCUGCCUAUUGGGACGAACUCUCGAGUCGCGCUUUUUGGUCUAGGUGGUGUAGGAAAAUCCCAUGUGGCUAUUGAAUUUGCCCACCGAAUCUCGACGGAGUUCCAAGCGUCGGUGUUCUGGGUUAGCGCCAGCAGUAUUGAUCGCUUUCGUGAAGGGUACAAUGCGAUCUUCGACGAGCACAUUGCUUCGGACUCGGACUCGGAUACGAAAUGCGACAAAGCCGUUCGUGUCAAAGAAUGGCUCGAGAAAGAACAUGAUGAAUGGGUGUUGAUCAUUGACAACGCCGAUGAAACAUCUUUGUUCGAGCCAUCCCAGCAGGGAAAGCAGGGCGAGAACCAUUCAACUCUAGACCUCAUUCCGAACUCACAACGUGGAACGGUUCUUGUUACGACACGAAAUCGAGCAGCCGGCGUGAAAUUCACAAAGGGGGCAGCGAACACCAUGAUCGAAGUCACCCCCAUGACUGCCGAGGAAUCAAAACUCCUUGUCAAGAAUAAUAUGAUAGACCACGUUCUAGAGGAGUCCGAAAUGGACAAGCUCUCUGAACUACUGGGCUAUUUACCCCUGGCUAUCGUCCAAGCCGCGGCUUUUAUGCAAGAGAACACGAUGAGCAUCGGGGAGUACAUCGAGCUAUACAACGAUAGUGAAGAGACAAGCAUGGAUCUCCUCUGCGAGCCAUUCGAGACUCUGGGACGAGAUACUGGAGUCCCCAACGCCGUCGCUACAACGCUAAUUGUCUCGAUCGACCAGAUCAAGGAGCGAGACCCUAAGGCUGUGGAGAUACUGCAGCUCAUUGCAUUCCUGGAUAGAAACGAAGUCCCCAAGAGCUUGGUCCAGCACAGGAUCAAACGCGCGUUGGAUCUGACGAAGGCGCUCGGAACCCUAAAGGCAUUUUCAUUAAUUGUCCCAACCGACGGAAAGGGGAACUUCUCUUUCCAUCGACUCGUGCAAUUGGUCUUACGGAAAUGGCUCAUCCUUGAGAGUGUCUAUGAAGACAAAUCGAUACAAGCUAUGGAGCUCCUGGAUGAGGUAUAUCCUGAUGCUACGUUUGAGAACUGGGGUAUCUGUGCGGCCUACCUGCCUCACGCUCAAUCUGUUCUAGCCUUGAUACCUGAGGUACAGGGGGAAAGCAGGAAAAAGCGCAUACAUAUGCAGGAGGGAAUUGCCUACUAUCUGUGGUCACAAGGCCACUACAAAGAAGCCGAAAACUUGGACAGUUUGAUAGUCGAGGAGAAAAAGCGGGAGUUUGGUCCUGAACAUCCCGAGACCCUGAAAAGCAUGACCGGUUUGGCUGCAACAUACCAUGAUCAGGCAAGGUGGGCAGAAGCAGAGGAACUGGACUCAUUUGUACUUGAAGCGAGAAGAAAAACAAUUGGCUCCCGUGAUCGCCUGACGCUCACUACUAUGGCGAAUCUGGCAACGACAUAUGUGUCUCAAGAUCGAAUGGAAGAAGCCGAGAGCCUUAGAGUAGAGGUAUAUGAGACCUCAAAAUCAGAAUUCGGCGAAGACGACGAGGACACGAUUAUCGCAAUGACCAGUCUGGGAACGCUGUAUAUCGACAUAGGGAAAGUUGAGGAAGCAGCUGUGUUAAUCCAGCGGGCCCUAACUUGGAGGAAGAAGAAGCAAGGACCCGAGCAUAAAGACACCUUAGUAUGUUCCAAUACUCUUGCUAAGGUCUAUAAAGCCCAGGGCAAAUUGCAGGAAGCCGAAGAACUGGCCUCACAAACCUUGACGAUAUCAGAAGCUGUCCUGGGCCUACAACAUCCUGAAACAUGGAUCAGAAAGACGGUUCUAGGUGAUAUCUACUUGGAACGGAGGAAGCUAGACGUGGCCGAAAAGCUGUUUGCGCAGCUGAUUGAAGACAUGGAGAAGGGAAAGGCACCUCGCUACGAUAUCCUGGAAAGGAUAUUGCGUCUGGCGGACGUCUACCGAGCAAAGGGCAACGAAAGGGAAGUUGUGAAACUUGAAGGCAAAGCCCUAGCUGGAAGCAUGGAAGCGCUAGGGCCUGACCACCCGUUCACGAUGCGAUGCUUAUAUUUCAUUGCAGUCACACACAAACAAUAUGGGAGGGAUGCUGAAGCGAUCCGGAUAAUGACCCUUACAACUCAUAAAGAGGAGAAAGUGCUGGGACCUUACCAUAACAGUACACUUGACUCAUUUCAUAUGCUGAGGGAAUGGUGUGGCGAUGAUGGGGCUAUACAGAACCUCCUGGAUAUAGAGGCAGAAGGGGCAGAAAACCCAGCCAGCUGGGAAGAAUGGACUAUGAUUGAACGGCCAGGAAAGUAA